AUGCUGCAGGGGACGUCAGCCAGGACCCUGAGGCUGGAGCUGAACAGUCCACCCAGGAGUCUGGGACAGCUGCCCAGCCCCGCCCUGCUCCAGGCUCGCGGCCACCUCCCACUCACCUUCCCCCUCGUCCGCCCCCUAGGCCUCUGCACCAUAGUCUACUACUUCGCCACAGGGCAGCUGCUCUGGGGGUGGCUGGCCCUCGCCGUGCUCCUGCCUGGCUUCUUGGUCCAGAGCCUCAGCUACCUGUGGUUCCGAGCAGACGGACAGCCAGGCCAGUGCUGGUUAGCCAUGCUGCACCUCCUGCAGCUCGGCGUGUGGAAGCGGCACUGGGACACCACGUGGAUGGUGCUACGGGAGGACGGGGCGGCCCACGGCGAGGCCCCCCUGCCGCUCCAGGAGGCGGACCUGUCAGCCUUGCGCCUCCUGGAAGCCCUGCUCCAGGCCGGGCCCCACCUGCUUCUUCAAACUUACAUUUUCCUCGCCUCCGACUUCACAGAUAUUGUGCCAGCGCUGAGCGCCCUGUGCUCCUGGUCGGCGCUGGCCUGGGCCCUGGUGUGCUAUGCUCGCUUCGCCGGCUCCGUGAGGCCCGGCCACCUCUCCCCGCCAUGGACGUGGGCGGCCCUGCUCUGCCAGCAGCUCUGGAGGAUGGGCAUGGUGGGCGCCCGCGUCCUGAGUCUGGCCCUGUUCUUCAGAUCUCACGGCGCCUGGGGGCUGGCGGUUGCAGGUGCCCACUGGCUGGUGAUGACGUUCUGGCUCGUGGCCCAGCAGAGCGACAUUGUGGACAGCACCUGCCACUGGAGGCUGUUCAACCUGCUGGCGGGCGCCGUGUACAUCCUCUGCUACCUCAACUUCUGGGACAGCCCUUCCCGACACAGGAUGGCCACGUUCUAUAUGAUUAUGCUGCUGGAGAACAGCAUCCUGUUGCUCUUGGCCACUGACUUUCUCCAGGGGACAUCGGCGACCAGCCUGUGGACCAUGGCAGGAGUCUUGUCCGGAUCUCUGAUUGGCAGUGUCUCGCUGGUGACUUAUUACAGCCUGCUACAUCCCAAGUCCACAGACAUCAGGCAGGGCUUUGCGAGAAAGUCCUGUGGCAUCGCAGGGGGCGACAAAGCAGAGAGAGAUUCGUCUCCCCCGGGCCCUGCCCUGGCUGGGGAGAGUCUGGAGAGCCCAAGCAUGUGCCAAGAAGAAGGUUCUGAGCUAACAAGUCUGGGGGAGCCCCCCAGCCUGCAGUGGGGCCCCCCAGAGGCUGGGCUGGAAAGCCAGAUUGCCGAGGAGGACCCUUUCUUCAGCCACCACCACUGGCUGUUGGUGAAACUUGCCCUCAAAACGGGAAAUGUGUCUAAGAUCAGCGCGGUCUUUGGAGGAGACCACCCUGGCUGCGUUCGCCCCCCUGCAUGGCGGGUGAGCCCCCAUGACGACCAGCAGAGGAAGCCCGCAUUUUCCCAGCAAGAGCCCCCGCCGUCACCCCAUGACUCCCUAGCCUCAGAGAAAGGCUCUGAGUUUCAAAGCGUCUUGAAAGCAGAAGCCGACCUGUCAGAAAGCUCGAGUUAUGUCUCUUUUGCCAGCGAUAACUAUGACAAAGCUCCUGUCCCAAAGCCUUGGGCUCUGCAGCGGGAGGGCAGCCCAGACGAAGGAGCAGGGGCUGUUUCUGGGGUGCAAGAAAGAGGUGCAGGUGGGCAGCUGAGCGGAGGGGAGGGACAGGGGGACUCCACGCUGUACUUCAGUGCCACCGCUGACGGGGCCACACCCUCACACCAAGCAGGUGGCCAGGCAACGCUGCCGAUGUUAGGAAGAGGCAGCCCUGCCCAGCUGGCCUCAGCCCCGCCGGCCGCGAAGCCCUUUCCCGUCACCAUGGCCCGCAUCAGCCCCAUCCUGCGCGGGGGCCCGGAUGGAAGGCUGCACCCCCAGGCGAGCUUCUCCAGCACACCCCUGGCCGGCUCAGAGUGUGGGGAGCAGCAGGAGCCCACGAGGGACCUGAGUCACCCUGCCGCCGAUGGCACGUCCACGUCCUGGCCGAGGGCGAGCCCGAGGCCUGCAGAGGAGCCCUGCCUCACGUCCACCCCCAAGUCCGAGUCCACCCACAGCGACUCUAGCUGGAAGGAGAGGCCGAGGACCGACCCGAGUUUCUUCAUCUGACCAGUCACGGCGCGGGAGGAA